AUGCUAAAUCGUUUCGAAGAAUCACUUGUAGAUUUAACUAAAUCAUUAGAAAUUGAUCCGAACAAUGCUAUUGCUUUUGGAUGCCGUGGACUUACUUUUUAUAAGAUGAAUUAUUAUGAAAAGGCUCUUAAAGAAUCGGAAUUUUCAUUAAAAAUUGAUCAAAAAAACACCAUUGCAUCAUUAGUUCUGGGACAAUCUUGUUAUAAACUAGAAAAAUACGAAGAAUCGACAAAAUAUCUAACAAAUUUACUGGACCUUGAGCCAAGGAAUUUUGGACAAGCUCAUCUUAUGCUAAAUAAUUAUGAGGAUUCUCUUGCAGAUCUAAAUAAAUCUUUGGAGAUUUAUUCAAAUAAUGCAGUUGCAUUAAGCUUUCGAGGACAAAUAUAUUAUAUAUUAAAAAACUACGAUAAAUCUUAUUCAGAUCUAACUGAAUCGUUAAAGCUUGAUCAUAGUAGCGUUAUUAAAAGUAAACUCUAG